UGGGUAUAUUAUCUUCUUCCCGUUGCCUCUCGGGUCGCCUACUCAACGAAGAUGUGGUUGGUUGUCAAACCGAAUUAAUUAUCCGUUACUACCCAUUACCGACUACCGCUAGAUGUUCUGCUCGUGGUGACCUUGUAUCUCGCUGAGAACAUUCUCAAUAUUGUAUUUUCUUUCCCGACCGUUUUAGCCUGCCUGUCUCCAAUCUGUAGUCUGUCUCCAUCUCCAUGGCUACCUCGAAUGUGCUGGAGGAGUCCUGCCUGCUGCAGAGAGUCAGAUCUCACAGCGACCCGAGCAGCAUCAUCGUGGAACCUCGUGCCGCCGGAGCUACCGGAGCACAGCGUACUGCAGCAGUGAUGGAGCAGCAGCAGGGGGAGGGUGCUCUGGGGGUUGUGGUCUCGGGGGUGCGGACCCCUCCCGUAAGGAUGAACAGUAAACUGGCCAGUCUGGGGCGGAUCUUUAAACCCUGGAAGUGGAGGAAAAAGAAGCAGCAGAACUCCUCAGCUGUAGAGAGGAAGGCAGCGGUACCACAGACCCCAGACCAACUGGUUAGGAGGGGCCUGGAGACCCCAGACCAACUGGUUAGGAGGGGCCUGGAGGGGACUGAGCCAGACUGUUGUGAGGCGUGUGGGGGGGUAGAGGACCCUCCCAGCCAAUCAGAUGCAGAGGAGGAGGAACCUCUGGCUCCCCUGGCAACCACCUCAGAGGACCUGGUCAGCGACGAAGACAACCCCUCUACAGUGAUGGACCUGACAGAGGAUACUGUGAUGGUGGCCGUCCCUAGCCAGAGUGAGGAGGGUGGAGAGGAGGAUGCGUCCCUCUGUGAGUCCUGUGUGGACAAUAAUCUGGGACAGGCUGAGACAGGAGGGGGACAGGAGACACCCCACCCAAUGGACCCACCAUCCUGCCGGGCCGGCACCCCGCCACCCCCCAACCGGCCCAAACUACUGACCAGGCUGGGCAGUCUAGAGGGUCCUCACCCUUUCCCUAAGUCGGGUGCUAACCCAGAGAGGAAGAAGUCUCCAGCCACUUUCCCCAGGACCUUCACCCUGCCCAGAACCUCCCCGGAUUCCUUGCUGAGAGGACGGAUCACCACGCCUACUGGCUCUCCCCACCUGGGGAUGCUGCACCCCCCACCACCACCCAGUUGCAUCAUUGAGGAGCUCCAUCGCGCCCUGGCCACCAAACAUAGACAGCACAGUUUCCAACCAAAGGAGAUACACUCUUCUCCGAAGCGUCGGUCCGACGGUCAUCUGUUGCAUACAGCCAGCGUGGAGAAAGAGCUGUUCGGAGCCUCGGAGAGAGAGAAGGAGAGGGAGAAGGAAAGAGAGAGAGAGUCAGAUGAGAACAAGGAGAACAGACGUCUAGACGAUCCUGACCGUUGGAACGACUCCGUCAUCUCCGGCACCCUGCCGCGGCGGAUGCGUAAGGAGUUGUUAACGGUGAAGCUUCGUAACCGGCCCAGUCAGCAGGAGCUGGAGGACAGAAACAUCUUCCCUGUUCGCUCAGACCUGGAGAGACAGGAGACACGACAGCACAUAGAGACCAAGCUGGCCAAGCGGCUGAGCCAGAGACCCGCGGUAGAGGAGCUGGAGAGUCGGAACAUCCUCAAACAGAGGAAUGACCAGUCAGAGCAGGAGGAGAGGAGGGAGAUCAAACAGAGACUCAACAGGAAGUUGAACCAGCGUCCUACAGUAGAUGAGUUAAGGGACAGGAAGAUACUGAUUCGUUUCAGUGACUAUGUUGAGGUGGCCAAGGCUCAGGACUACGACCGCAGGGCAGAUAAACCCUGGACCAGGCUGUCUGCUUCAGACAAGGCAGCAAUAAGGAAGGAGCUGAAUGAGUUCAAGAGUAACGAGAUGGAGGUUCACAAUUCCAGCAAGCACCUGACGAGGUUCCAUCGGCCGUAGUGUAGUGGUGGUUUCUUCUGCAGAAGCUGGGUGGUCCAAUUAUCAGUGAAGACCAUAUGACCGUGUUCCCAGGCUCCUACCCACGGCCCCAGACUGUCCUGUCUUGAUAUGUGGGCUAGUUCCCGGAUGUUCAACCUACAGAUAUCUGUCUGUCUUUGUGCCAACUUGGAGGAUGUCUGUCUCUGUGUGUCACCAUGGAGGCUAUGUCUCUAGAGCUGGCGCCCAGGAAAGAUCACAGGAGACAUCAGACUGAUAUUCUCUUAAAGGAGCUAUCAAAAUGUCUCUGGCCGCUUUCUCCUAGACGUCAACCAAUGAGAAAAAGAAUGAAAAAGAUGACAGCACUUGUUAGUUCACGAGUUGUUUCUCUCGAUUCACUCCAUACCAGCAGUCUAAAAUAAUCAGAAAACUAUUGCCAUGCAACAAAUGUUUCUCAGAAUUUCUCUUGGUGUGGUGAAGGUUAAAAAGAAACCUACGAAGAAGGCUAAAGGAUGAAAGAGUACAUCCCUGAGACUGCUGCUGUGGAAUAAACUGAAAUAAAUAACGUUGACUGUGAGUGCUUGGGGUCUGGUUUCAUAUUGGAUCCUUGGAUCAGCCACAGGAGGAACUACGAGGAGCCUCCAACCUGGAGGAACCAGCCUGAUCGCUGCAGUCACCAUUCUAUUUCACUUCACGCACCAAUCUCACAUUCCUCCUCAGUUUGAGCCUAUGUCUGUGACGAGAGGCAGUAUUCAAAACGUACUUAUCAGCGAUUGCAUCACCUUCAACCAAUCACUGUUUCUGAGAGGAAUCUGAUUGGAUCAGUCAUUUUCCGAUGUAUUCCAAACACCUAUUGGAUAAAGACUAGACGGAUAAGUGCAGUGAGACAGAAUGGUGAAGGCAGCGAUCAGGCUGGUUCCUCCUCCAACUUGCUCAGAGGAAACAGCACAUCUCCUUCAGAGGACCAUCUGAACAUUUUCCUCAACACCUUGUUUCUCCAUGUUAGAGGACGGAGGAGACACAUUGGAAUGUGUCCCAAAUGGCACCUUAUUCCUUAUUUUAUAACAGACUCUUUGAAAGCUGAAAGAACGAUGGCAGACAAAGGAUGUGGUGCAUGUGACCAACGAACCCUUUCCCCUCUUCAGAAACGCUAGUUAAAGGCUGCAAAAUUCCAGAAAAUUCCAGUUGGAGGGUUUCAGGAUUUUGUGCUUAAUUUAUUCUCUCCUGAUUCCAGGAUUCUCUAACCAGGAUUUCUGGAAAACCUGGGGAUUUUGGGAAAGUGACAGGAUUUUGCGACCCUAAACGCUAGUCUCCCCUCCAGCACCCAGGCAUCUCUCUCUAUGGGCUGACAGUGUUAUUAAUGUUGUUGGUAACCAUGUCUGUCUAAAGCAGGGGUAUCAAGCUCAUUCCACGGUGGGCCGAGUGUCUGCAGGUUUUUGUUUUUUCCUUUCAAUUAAGACCUAAAUAGUGACCUUAAUUCAUCAAUCAAGUACAAGGGUGGAGAGAGAACCUUCAGAGACACAGCCACCCGUGAAGUGAGUUUAACACGUGGUCUAAAGCACCUUUGUAAGCACUAUUUAUCGUCUGCACAAUACAAGUUGACUUUUUAAGAA